AUCGAAAACAGUCCCGAGAUCGAGAAUGGAAGUCAAUGCAGUCAGUCAAACUCAAAGCUGAGUUGUUUUAACUUCAAACCAAGACAGUCAAAAGGCAGAACAUGAGAUGAUGUUGAUGUGACGAGCUGGCGUCCCUACAUCAGAAUGUCUUGCUGAUCAUAGGAGCAAGCCCUUUGGAUAGGAAGGAGAAUAUGAAGUCACCUGUAGGGUCAUGAUCCAGGUAGCUUCAAAAGGAUGAUGAUGAUGAUGCAUUGGAGAGGACUGUGGUUUUUGGUUGAGAGAUGCUGAGAAGAUAUCACCAUGAUCUUCCGUACCCCUUCAAUCCGAUCCUUGAUCAAGAUUGGUUUGAUGCUCUGUAUUGGAUUCCUACUACUCCUUGCCAAGCUAGAAACAUGCACCAACACCAUCACCGAUGGCCGUCUGGCCGUCAGAGACCUCCUGGCCCAGGCUCAACCGUUCGCAAACAACGGCGAGAUGGACCGCAAAGAGGAUUGCAUGGUCGCUCUCAGCGAGCAGGAAGAGCGUCACCGGACGGAGAUUGCGGCCCUGAAGCAGCAGAUUCUUGAUCUGAAGACUGAACUGACCAAAUAUGUGGAGAACAUUCAACAGUUGGAGGAACCUAUGGCUGGUGGAGAGGCGGCUGCAACCGCUCGACUUGCCAAGUACUUUGAUCGCGAGCACGGUCGAGAGCUCCUUGACCACAUGCAGAAGCAGAUGGGUAAGAUAGAGCGCCACCGCCCGCUUCGGGACGAGUACGAUGUAGUGCCUUUCAGUAGUUUGACGUCUAAGCUCGUCUAUAGCAUGGAGCAAGGGCUUUCCAAAAGGCCAUCUCAACGUCCAAAGGGUGACCGCAAAGAAGAAUUAGUAGAAGCUGUGUAUUUUGCCAUUGAUGAACUAAAUAAGAAGAAAGAAACAUCUACAGAUUUCUCCAUUGACAACUUUGUUGAUGGUAUAUACAGGACAGAUAGGACUGUGGGAACCUAUUAUAAUCUUGUUUUUCGUGGUAUGCAUGAGAACUAUUAUUACAGCAUGCAGCUUCUACGACCCUUUGCACCCAUACAAAAGUAUAAAUCACAAAUAGUAGACACUAGCCGUAUAGUUAUCAAUAUUAUCAUGCCUUUAUCGGGGAGAAUAGAGAAGUUUAGGACAUUCAUGGAGCGUUUCCAGACGGUGGUUUUAGAAACUAAGAUCCACGUCUUCCUGACUAUAGUGUACUUUGGGAACGACGGUUUGACAGAAAUUCAUAAGAUUCUUGGAGACAUUACAGAACCGUUCAGGUUCCAUAAUUAUAAGAUAAUUACACUGUCAGGAGAGUUCUCAAGAGGUCGUGGAUUAGAAGAAGGUGUCCGGAGCUGGGAUGGUCCGGAUGUCCUGAUGUUCUUCUGUGAUGUGGACAUCGCUUUCAACCGGGAGUUCCUUGAGCACUGUCGCUACUACACCAUCGCAGGACGUACUGUCUAUUACCCCAUGGUGUUUAGUCUGUACAAUCCAGAGAUCGUCUACUCCACCCGUGAACAGAUUCCUAAUGAAAGCGAUAUGUUCCACAUACACAAGGAUUCUGGAUUCUGGAGGGACUUUGGCUUCGGGAUGACCUGUCAGUAUCGCUCAGACUUCAUGAACAUCAAAGGUUUUGAUGUUGACAUGAAGGGAUGGGGUGGAGAGGAUGUGUAUCUUUACAAGAAGUAUCUCCAGUCAGAGAUGAAAGUUAUAAGGGUACCUGACGCAGGUAUUUUCCACACCUAUCAUCCAAAGGAAUGCUCUGAGAACCUGACAGCAGAACAGUAUCAUAUGUGCAUCGGGUCAAAGGCUCGCAGUGAAGCCUCCCACUCUCAGCUUGGUAGAUUAGCUUUCAAAGACGAUAUCAACAUGACACUGUAUUUAAUGGGCGAUCCAAAGCAUCAUCCUCCACAUUGACCAAUCAGGAAACAGAACUUAAAAUGACCAAGUGAGACUGACCAAUCAGAAGACAGAGCUCAUCAUGACCAAGUUAGACUGACCAAUCAAGACAGAGCUCAUAAUGACCAAGUUAGACUGACCAAUCAGAAGACAGCUCAUAAUGACCAAGUUAGACUGACCAAUCAAGACAGAGCUCAUAAUGACCAAGUUAGACUGACCAAUCAGAAGAUGAAACUCUGCAUGACUUUGUGAGACUGACCAAUCACCAGUUGUCUAUUCAGAAACAACAUUUUUGUAGGCAUGACAUAUUGGAUUUUUUUUUUAAGAUGAUGAAAUGAAAGUAUGUAGUGUUUGAAUCAAUGUUAUAGAUACGUUUAACAUUUCUUGGUAAAAAAAAGUUCAAUUUGGUUUAAAUAAUUAACAAAUCCGACUUACCCGAGAAAAUAAUUUAAAUGUACAACUCUGCUUGAUCAUCAUCUCAUAGCCUAUUUAUCAACUCUUUAUAUUUCUGUUUUAUGAUCAUCUCAUGACUUUGUAAAACUCAAAUCUUUGCUGCUAGCAUCAAUCAGCUGAACCGGACAGUAGAUCAUUAACAGUAUUGGCUCUAUUUAGACAUGUAAUUUUAAAGUCUUUAUUGGACAAAAGAUGAUUUGGACACUUCCACUGUAUUGGACAUUGUGAUUAUAUUUUUCAAAGAUGUGUGUUAAUUGAUCUGAUCAUGUCCAAAAUAUGCUUAUAAAGAAUAUUUGCUAUUUUUCUAUUACAGUUGUGAAAAGGUAAAUUGUAGAGUGUAGAAAAGAAAAGUUUGAUUGUGUUGUAGCUUGCCAGUGCCUACUUUUACAUGCCCUGUUUUCAAUUAAUCUUCAGUUUCAAUGACAAAUGAACAUGCUUUUGAUAGUUUUACUUUAUUCUUUGCUUUCUCGCUUUCACCAUAAAUAAAUGUACCAGAUUCUGUACAAAACUAUUGAACAAAAGAGAAUUAGAAUGGUAUUGUAAUUUUUUUUUUUUUGGGGGGGGGCAAUUGAUUGCAAAUUUCUAUUGUAAAUUUUAAAUUGUUGAUGAAUGAUGACUUUCCAGAACGUUUCCACAAGAAGUAGACAAAGGCUCUGUUGUAGAGAGCUGCAAGAGAUUCCAAUAAAAUCAAAUUCAGAUUAGUUUAAAUUCCAGGUAUGGGGUCAUGGUCAGUUUCUGGCACACAUUUUGCUGGUCUAGGCUUUACAUGUAGGGAGGGUCAUGCACAUAUACAAAGUCUAGAAGAGAAAGUUUUCUCAAGCAGCCUUAUUACUGAGAACUCCUGGAACCCUGUCUUACAAAAUGAUUGAUCCAGUCAAUCGUAACUCUAUAGAAAUCCAUCAGUGUCAGAAAUUUUUCUACAGGAAAUCUGCAAAAUGUCCUUUGUAAACA